AAAAUGGUACCGUCCAAAGAUGGAAGAUGGUGGGUCUGUGGAUGUGAUUUGCAGACGAUUUCUGUUACUUAACAUUUCAGGUGGGUGUGGAUGUUGACCGAAAAAAAGACAAGAUAUUGAAAAUCUGACUCCAAACAGACAUGGCGACAAGAGCUGCAACAUUCACAUCAAAGAUUCGGAAUCUGAAAGAUUACCACUAUCGCAUCGUCAACAAUUUAACACCACUGCCAACUGGUGCUGACAUCGCCAACACACUGAAAUAUUUCUCAACAACCCUCUUGAAUGUGUUAAAGGAUGUACCGAACAUUCCUGCUGAAAGUUACGGACCACGACAGCGUGACAGUGUCCGUCUGUCCGUCUUCCCCAACCUCAACUACUGUGGACUGUACCACUCUGUCAUGAACAUCAUUGACCUCUUUCCCAUGACACAGAUUGAACCGACACAAGCUCUGAAUGUUGGAGAAGCUGUUCUCAAUGUUCUUGGAUGGCUUGUGCCAUUUCUCGAGCAUGAUCUUCUCGAUUCCCUGCCCUACACCGUAGCAUCAACCCUUGCCAUCUUCCCACCAACUCUUCAUAAGGAUACCAUUGAUCUGCUGUGCAGUCGACUCCUACCAAUGACGUUAGGCUAUGAUGGGUGUACAGAACCAACAUAUGCUAGUGAGUCAGCUGCAGCUAUUAUAACCCUAGUCUUUCAGCAUACUGAAAAUGGAGCAUUCCACUCCCAGAUUCUGGAGACGUUAAUGAGCAUGAAAAAGGAUAUUGUGAAGGAUGUGCUGAGUAUCAUGGCGUAUGGUCCGCCAGCCGCGCGUGCUCCUGCUGCACAUCUCUUGUUUUACUACUGGCCGCAGCUGAACCCGAGUCUGAGCGAUCGGCGUGGAAUUCAUUACAAGUACUGUGGAAAGGAAUUUACUGCCUGGCCUCCAGUGCUGUGUCAGAGGAAAGACUGUGUUAACUCAAAUAAUUGUCAAGCUGUCAAGAUGUGUGUCAACCCAGCUCUGGCUAUCCAGUCAGGCAACACUCCGCCACCUCUCUACAUCUGCGGUGACUGUGCGGAAGUACUGAGACGCGAACACAGUGACUACAUGGUGGAUCUUCUACUUCCAAUGACACACGUCUCAACUAUCUGUGAAAAUAAGAACUGCAGAUCUGAGAACAACAUUGCUGAGUGUACAUGUUUCUCCAUUGAAUGUGCCAGCUUCAAUGGUAAUCGACCAAUCCGCUAUUGCCGCUCAUGCCAUGAGUUUCGCCAUGGUAACCACAGUGGGCAGAACCAUGUGUUUCAUCUGAGUAUUACUGAUAUCUGGAGCUGUAAUCAAGAGAUACAGAGAUACCUCAUGGAUGGCAUUGUCAGCUUAAUGAAAGAAGCUCAGCCAAUUGAAUCGAAGCGAAUGGUAGAAAUGGGUGAGGAACACCGUCGCCCAAUGGAAGAGGAGGAAUAUUUUGAGGUGGAGGAAGGGGGAGAGCGCAAGCUGUUGAGCCGUUAUGGAAUAUGGCUGCUUGUGGAACUGUGUCUUCCGGAAGAUGAAGACAUUCCAAUUGAAGUGCUUGGUCGUCUACUCGGCAUGCUGUUUCAGUGGUUUGAUGCUACUGCUUAUCUCCCAGAUGAUAAUGUUGGGAAUGCUCUUGAAAGACUAAAACCUGAGUACAUCUACAACUGGCUGCAGGAAGUGAUGAAGACUCAUUUUGAGGUGGUCGUUUCUUGUCUGCUGCCACAUCCUGUAGAGUACUCGAGAAUCGGAGGAUUUUGGGAUACUUUAGCCACUAGGACAACCCAGAUUAAAGAAGGUCUAAACUGCUUUUUUUGUCUUGUUCCAUACGACAUCAUUACUUUUGAGAUCUGGGACUAUGUGAUGCCAUACUGGCUGGAGGCAAUAAGAACAGAAAUACCAGAAGAAGAUCUUCACGAGCUGAAAGUGCUGCUCAGCAAAGCAUUUGACAUUGACAUGUGUCCCCUGCCGUUCACCCUAGACAAGAUGUAUCACUUCGUCUCCGAUCGGUUUGCAGACAGCAGUGCUUGUGUCCAAGAACAAGCUCUUCAGUGGCUACAGAUUCUGUCUGGACUGGACAUCAUAAUUCCCAUGCACCUGUUGCUGAAGAUCUUCAAGAAUGGAGUGGAGCAGAUCAACUCUGACCCCGAGGGUGUGGAUGCAGUGGGAGGGGAAGGCCAGCCUUACCAUGUGCUUCCCGCAUCCUCCCCUGUGGAGGAAUAUCCACCACCCCUCAGCCCAGAGAGACAUCCACAUGUGAACAACCCAUUUGAUGUGUACGAGCGAGAAACGGAGCUCAUCCUUCCCUGCUUCAUAAUGUGUCUGGACAUCUCCUUGAAACAGAUGGAGCUGCAAGAAUCUCCCAAACACCUUGGAAUCUACAACGAGACGAGUCGAGAGGUGAUGCUGCUGUUGACCGGAAUGCUGAGGAAGGAGUGGGAUGGUUUCCACUCAUGCGUCACGGAGCAGCUGCGUGUUAACUGCGUGUUCUGUCAGAACAUCGCGCUGUGGCAUCAGUUGGCGUCACAACUCAUGGAACACAUCUGUCCCAGAGAUCCGCUCAAGCUGCCAUCAAAAGACCUGCCGAAGGUGGAUGAUAUUAAGCACCAGACAAUACGCGAAACACCAGAUGAUUCGACUUCUCAGGUUGAUAAAGAAGAGCGUGAUCCGGAGUUUGAUGUUAUGUCUAUGCCAGUCUAUCUACAGCUGUAUGACAUGUUGCUAAAGAGUUUAUGCAGUGUCACUGAUGUGGAUGCUCUGUUUUCUUUGCUGACGUCGAUGAAGUAUCUCAUCCUUCAUGGAGAGUGUCUCAACUACACGAUCAACCAAUACAAUGUCUUCAUCACCUUCAUAUUUAAGAAAUACUUCGUACCAAAUCUUUGGAAACUGCUGCAGGCCGAGCACUCCCAGCUUGCUACAGUGAGUGUUCCACUGAUGCUGCAUGUUAUCACCCUGCCUUCAGGGGCUGACCUCUUGUGGAAACUGGUGGAGGACGACUUCGGGAAUGAUGACUGGAAAGCUAGGUUUGCUGCAGUUGAAAAGGUCACGGUCCUGGCUCGUUGCUUGGACACGGAUUCGAUCAGUAAAAACCAAGUGAUUCAGACGAGUCUCUCGCACGCCUUCUGUCAGCUGAUUGGAUCAGUGGAAGACAUCAAUGCAGCUGUCGCUCAGAAAGCCAUCAUGUUUCUCGAAACAAUAAGACCCGUGGCUCUCAAGUGUUUGUGCCAGUGCCUGGAGUUUCAGUUUGACAGUGUGAUUAAUGACCGCGGAAUGAUCCUGCACCGCAUGCAGCUGUUGUCGUCAGUUCUGCCCAACGAGCAGAUUCUCAGCUGGAAGUUCUUCCUGAACCGCUUCGACACACUGUCCCUCGAGGCCCAGAUUGACUUGGAAAGCAGUGGUGAUAUAGCUUAUCUUACAGAUUUGACGAGUAGCGACAGACAGAGUGAACAUUUUCUACGCAAAUUAAAUCGAGCUCGGUUUGCCCUGGCCAGGACAGACAGCAUCCGGUCGCUGAGUGAGAGUAUGAAGGGAAAACCACCGUACAGACGAGCAGUUUCUGUACCUCUGCAUCUCCUUGCCAAAGGAAUUCCUGUUCCGAAAAUUGACGUGUCUGAGAGGAAAAGACACCACUCGUCCAUGGCAUUUUGGUAUAAAUGUUUGUCAUUGGACAAGGAGAAGUCUUGUAUCCGCCAGCAGUCGGCUCCACAGUUCACGCUCGGUCGGAGAAUGGGAUCGAAGCUCAAUCUUGGCUCUUUUGGUACCAACAUGUUUCCAGGUGGCCAGUUAAAAGAAUUCACUGAUGAAGAAAGCAACUUCACUGCCCUCCUGCAGCGAGCGAUGGAUCUUGAUGGAGUGGACCGGGAUACAGUCUAUCUACUAGUGGCUUUACUUAUGAAAUUCAUGGUAAAUAUAAAGGAGGAGGAAGAUACAUCAGAAGAAAAAGAUUCAGGCAAAUCUCAGAGUAUUGUUUUGCGCCAUUUGAAUGUUCUACUUGGCUACAAUCAAACAGAGAAGUCAUUCAGUGUUCCACCUUACAAACUGAGAUCUUCAGCUGUUUUCAAUUCAUUUUUAAGUGGCAUAUCAUUUGUGUUGGACCGUAACUUCCAGCUGGGGAAUGUGGUGUUGCCAAUCACAUUGCUUCUGCUGCAGUACAGCCCGUCUCCCCAGCGAUAUGCCUCUGACUACCAGCCCCCCAACUACACACUGUGGUACCUGGAGCCCCACACUCGGCUGUCCUGGCUUCAGACGCUGCUCGUCAUACUCUACAAGUAUCAGAUCAGCACUUCCCCUGUGUCUGCCAUAAUACAGACGUUGGUACAGCUGGUGGUGAACACAGUUGAUGCCCAGCAUCACAAGUGUAAGAUCCCGGAUGAUGGAUUCCCACCUCCCAGCCCCACCAUCAGAGAAAGAAAUCCCAGUAAGAUGUCGGCUAACGACCUUGAAAACAUUCAAGAGACGGACACCCCUCCACAGAGCCCGCUGACUUCCAAACCAACGGGUGAAGACAAGGCGACGAUCCACGUGUCAUCCACCCCAUCGUCGAGUGUAGUCAAGUAUCUGAAAGGACAGAAUGAUGGCGCUGACAGCAGCGAGGGUGUUCUGUCUGACGCUGAGUGUACGCCAACACUGCCGGGAGCCAGGAAGGAUGGAGUGCGUAAGAUGGCAAAGUUCCGACAGCCGAGACGGCUCAUUGACUACUCGGAACCUGAGUCGGCUGAUGAUGAUUCCAAGGAGUCGUCAAGGAGACCCGAGUCUUCAGAGAAAUCUUCUGAAUCAGAAAAAGCACCUAUUGAUGUUUCAAACAUCCAGAUCACUGAAGAAAUGACAUCAUCACCGGGAUAUUCUUCGACUGUGGAGCGAAAAAUGGCUCAACAGCUAAAAGAGUUCCAGGCAUCACAGUCAGACCCUGUGAAGACCAGCCAGACCUCGUCUCAAGCCGCGAGCAGCAGCACGACUGAGGGUUCGAGCAACCGUGACGGCAUGACGACAUCGGAGAUAAGUCGUGACGCACCGUCGGAGCUGGAGAGUACGGAGAGCGAGAAGACGCAGACGUCGGACUGUGAGUCGGAGAAACACACGGUCGGCACCGACUCUGGAGGUGAUGGGGCGCAUGAAGACGGCAGAGAUGAGAACAAACACAGCAAGUCCGGGCAGGUGUUGAAACCUAAUUUCCGCCAGCGUAAGUCGAGGAAGACUGGACUGACCACCGUGGAGUUGCAGAAGAUAUUUCCUGAGCUGAACGAGACUUGUCCGGAGAAAGAAGAGGACAAAUCUAAUACCAACAGACAUUCCGGGAGAAGAACCCGCAAAGCAGCACUUCUUGCUAAAAGUCAGGCGGGUGCCAAAAAGCAGUCUGCAUCUCGUUUUGGGGACAACAUCAUGAUCGAGAAAUGCACGGAAUGUGGAGCCAUAUUGGAGCAGUAUGAUGAUGACACGAUCGGCCUGGCCAUCACCGUCCUGGCAACCUUCAUACACCGGGAGCCGGCCCUGGCCACGCCCAUGUUGCUGGACAUGCUCAAGGGUGUCUCUUGCAUUGCAUCUAACAGUCAGUAUUCUUGGCAGGCAGAAAGCAAUCUAAUGAUGCCAGGUAACUGUGUGAGCAUUGCACGGCAGUUUCUGCGAUGUGUGUUGCACCAUCUUGCUCCAAAUGGAAUCUUUCCCAUGCUGUUUCAGAGUCGAUUUGAUGAUCCUCAUUUCUUCAAAACCAUGGCAACUGCUCUGGUUGAUUUUAACGAGCUGACAUCACACGCUCCAUUACAGCUUGUGCUAGAGGGUCUGAACCAAAGAAAGACUCUUCCCCACGAGAACAUCAUGUUGUUGCUGUCCAACAUCUCCAUCUACCUGAACUGCAUCACACUGGAGAGCUCCACUCCCAUGUGGGCCAACAUCCUCGCACAGUUCGACCUCUUCUUCCGCAGACUGCCAACCAUCCUGCCAAACCCGUGUGACAUUAAAGAAGUCCUCAAGAUCAUCCUCUCAUUGCUGAAAAUACCUGCUAUUGCAAAUGUCCGAAACAUUUUGGAGCCGUUCUCGAAGCUGCUGAGUUUCACAGUACAGAACUGUUCAUUCAAGUUACAGGAUCUUCUCGACAUCUGCUCCAUGUGUAACAGAGUUUUUACCAGGGAGCGUGAUAAGCUGAUAUUAACACGUACAGUGAUUUUUGAACUUGUUCAGGCACUCAAAUUCAAAUCCAUUCUUCCUGAUGAAAACUUGCUUAUGCUUGUUCAGUUCCUUGUUCUUGACACGGGCGGCACGAUUUGUCCAUCACACUCGAUUGGCGACGUAGGCAUGCUGUUCUUCCAGUCACAGUCAAUGAUCAGCACGUGUGCGGCAGAGUGUAUGAGACACUACAUCAACGACUGCAUGGAGUUCAUCGCCGAUCUACACACGCUCACCAAGGUCAAGAGUAACAUGAAAGGAGGUUCUAACAGCCUGAACGAGGACACACUUGGAAGUCAGCUCAAGUCGGGAAUAGCCCAGUACAUUGCUCUGGAGAUCACACGGGGGAAUGGCAGAGACAACCGAGCCAUCUCCCGCUACCUGCCCUGGCUUUACCACCCACCCACCACCAUGCAACAAGGGCCCAAAGAGUUCAUUGACUGCAUUGGUCAUGUGAGAUUACUGUCGUGGCUUCUGAUUGGCUCGCUGACUCACACGGCCGUCACAGAGGGUUCGGCUCCCAUCUCGUGUUUACCUGUACCACUGGAAGCCUGCAGCCACAUCGCAGAGCACAUUAUGGUCAUCAUGACAGGCUUCGCAGAACAGUCCAAGGCUUCUGUUCUUCACAUGUCUUCUUUGUUUCAUGCAUUUAUUUUCUGCCAGCUGUGGACGAUGUACUGUGAGUCUGCAGCAGCUCUACACCCACCAAGCAGUGAGCAGCAUCAGACCGCAUCGUGUAUGAUCAUGGACUUCUGGGCACGUGUCACACCCGGAAUACUGCAGCUCCUGUCGCACUCUAAAGUGGAUAAAUCCACCUAUGAGCUUGCAGAGAUGGUGAACUUACAUUUCUUGAGUCUGAUGGAGGCAUUGCAAGAAUGUAACUCAUCUGUGCUCGCCAAGUUAUUUCCCAUGUGGACGCCCAUCUUAUUUGCGUAUCAUGCCCAGCUUCCUGGUCACCUCCAGGUCCGACUACAGACAUGCCAGUGUUGGGAGCCGCCUCAUCCCACCAAGGACCAGUCCUCGUUCAACUCGAGUAUUCUGCUCACCUGGCUGAAGAGAAUUCAGUUUAAACUUGGCCAGAUCGAAAUACAGUCAUCGGCUGCCACUCAGUUCUACACUGUUUAAAUGUGGUUAAUUCUGGUACAUAAACUGUAGGUCAGAGUGCAGAGUUUGCAAUUCAGUUCUACAGUCUAAGUAUGGUUAAUUCUGCAACAUAAACUGUAGAUCAAAGUGCAGUGUCUGCAAUUCUGUUCUACAGUCUACGUGUGGUUAAUUCUGCAACAUAAACUGUAGAUCAAAGUGCAGUGUCUGCAAUUCAGUUCUACAGUCUACGUGUGGUUAAUUCUGCAACAUAAACUGUAGAUCAAAGUGCAGUGUCUACAAUUCAGUUCUACAGUCUAAGUGUGGUUAAUUCUGAUACAUAAACUGUAGAUUGAAGUUCUGCCACUCAGUUCUACACUGUCUAAAUGUGGUUAAUUCUGUUACAUAAACUGUAGCUGAAAAUGCAGUCCUUGUCUGCAAUUCAGGUUUAAUUCCACUUAUGCCUAAAAAUAAUUUGUAAAUUUGUUGUCCUACACACAAAUACAUAUUAUUUAUAUCUAUACAGAUAAUCCUAAAAUUAAAAAAAAAAUGAUUUGCAUAUUUUGUAUACUAAGUUAUAAUUAACGUAUGAAGUAUUCCAUAUUUUGAUCAAUAGAUGUUGCAUGCAUAUUCAUUUUAUGACUGUAUUUAGGAAAUACUUUGUAUAGUAUCUAAUUAUUGAUUAUUGUUGGAGGGGUGGUGGUGUACUACCCCAGACUAGACCACUUUGGUAGUUAUUUGUGUUUCUCCCUGUUUUGUUGUCUGUACAGUUGUAAUGAGGACAGCAGUGAAUAUAUGUAAUCAAUGUUAGAAAUAAUGUGUAAAGUCAAACUAUCAAAUUUCAAAAAUAAAUUUAAUCAAACAUAGUGUAGUAACCGAGUAAUAUGUUUGUUAUGAAUGUAAAUAAUUUAAUAUCUUGUUUUAUUCCAAAAGGGUUUGUCUUUUUGUCCUAUAUAGAGAAAUGAUUAUAUUGCUAAUGAAUAUAAAUAUAUGUGCAGUUUUUUAAAUACACACAUACUGCCAAACUGUUGAAAAUCUUCCCAUUAUUUUUAUGUAGUGUGGGACGUACCCAGUUGUCAAGCACUACUGGCCUUGGUGGUUAAGCCAUAGAACUACAGGCUGGUCGGUACAGGGUUCGCACCCCGGUACCAGUUCCAAUCCAUAGUGAGUUCUUAAGGCCACUACACCCUCUUCUCUCUCACUAAC